GCGGGGCUAAACCCGGAAGCGGCGAGCGGCACCGGGAGCAGCACCGGGAGCAGCGGCGGCAAAAACAGCGGCCAAAAUGUCUGAGCGGAAAGUGCUGAACAAAUAUUACCCCCCGGACUUCGACCCGGCCAAGAUCCCGAAGCUCAAACUCCCCAAGGACCGUCAGUACGUGGUGAGGCUGAUGGCGCCCUUCAACAUGAGGUGCAAGACAUGUGGGGAGUACAUCUACAAGGGCAAGAAGUUCAACGCCCGCAAGGAGACGGUGCAGAACGAGUCGUACCUGGGGCUGCCCAUCUUCCGCUUCUACAUCAAGUGCACCCGCUGCCUGGCCGAGAUCACCUUCAAGACAGACCCCGAGAACACGGAUUACACCAUGGAACACGGAGCCACUCGCAACUUCCAGGCUGAGAAGCUGCUGGAGGAGGAGGAGAAGAGGCUGCAGAAGGAGAGGGAGGAGGAGGAGCUCAACAACCCCAUGAAGGUCCUGGAGAACAGAACCAAGGACUCCAAGCUGGAGAUGGAGGUUCUGGAGAACCUGCAGGAGCUGAAGGAGCUCAACCAGCGCCAGGCCAACGUGGACUUCGAGGCCAUGCUGAAGCAGUACAAGGAGUACGAGGAGGAGCAGAGGAGGAGGGAGCAGGAGGAGGAUGAGCAGGAGAUGAAGUCCAUGCUGGAGCAGGCCCAGAGCCGGCGGCUCCUGGUGGAUUCCGACUCGGACGAGGAGGCGGCGAAACCGCGCCCGAAACCCGCGGGCACCAAACCCACCGACAUCCUGCAGGAGGACCCUCAGCCCCAGAGCAAGAAGCUGAAGACGGAGAGCUGGGAGAGGAGCGUGGGCAAACUCAACAGCAAGGCCCAGCUGGCUGGGCUGGUGUCCCUGAGGAAGCAGAAGGCGGAUCCAGCCCUGGAAAACGGGAUGGAGAGCCGAGGCACCGGCUCGAUUCCCACCCCGACAAGCACCGCCACGUCCUCCCUCAGCUUGUUGGGGGCCUACUCGGACAGCGAGGACAGCGAGGAUUGAGGAGCCACCUCCAUGGGAUGGGGAUGCUCCUGGAUGGCAGCAGCUGCUCCUGGAGCCCCACGUGGAGCUGGAAGCACAGCCUGGGGCCCAGGGAAUUGCAGGCCCGCUGGUGUUCCCAAAUCCUGGCUGCGGGGCCGAGCCCCAGCAGCACAGGGAGGAGCUGAUCCCGUGGGAAGGGAGGUUUCCCCGGAGCAGGGAUCCUGUGGGAAGCCCCUGUGCCUGAUCCCAGCAUCCAGCCGGCCCAGCAUGUGUCCCAGCCCUGCUCCCAGGACGUGUUGGGAAGCACAGGGCUCUGGUGUCUCCGUUCUGGGGGUGUCACUGCCCUCCCCCCACACACACACUGAUGGUGCCCAGGCCCUGUUUUGGGGGUCUCACUGACCCUCCCACAGCAGUGAAGGGACCUCAGAGCCCCCUUUCCCACUGGGAUGUGAAGACAAGGUGGGCACUCACCCCUCUGUCACCUCAGGAGGACCCACCACCCCUUUUGUGUCCCUGGAGCCCAAAUCCAGAGUCCUGGAGCUGUGGUGUCCCUGCUCCGAGUGACCCUGGACCCCUUUUCUGUCUCCUGGGGGGGCUCAGAUCCCACCUUUGUGACCGGAUCCUGCACCCCAGCCCCCCCUCCCCCAGAUGUCCCCAGGAGCUGGGUGACAGACCCCUCCCCACCAUUCCCAGCCCUGCCGGGCUCCAGCAGCCACAACUCCGGAAUA